AUGGGGGGGUGGAUUGAGGUUAGUCUAAGCCUUAAUCCCCUGGCGGAGGAGCGUAUGCUUAUUAUUCCCCCGCACGCCAACACGCGCUCCUCCUUUUCGUCUCUAGGGGGGGAGACGGGAGGGAGCCGGCGAGCGCGAGGAGGAAUCGCCGCUUUUCCCCCUCGGCCGGCAUGGCCGCCCAGCGGAGCGCGGGAAGGUGCCGGCACGCCGCCGGAGGAACGCGGACGUGCGCCUGAGAGCGUCGUCGGGGACAUGCCCGUACACCAGAUCACGGUGGUCCCGGCCGGCGGCAAGAGGGCCAAAGAGGGGAACGAGGGCGUUCAAAGCAAGCCCCCGGGUCGCUCGGGCAGUCGAUCCAGCAACAUCUCCAAGGCCAGCAACUCCACCGCGGGACAGACCGGCGCCUCCAAGACGUCCGUCACCCCGUCUUCUCAGGAUAUUUGCAGGAUCUGCCACUGCGAGGGCGACGAGGAGUGCCCGCUGAUCACGCCGUGCCACUGCACGGGCAGCCUGAGCUUUGUGCACCACGCCUGCCUCUACCAGUGGAUCAAGUCGUCGGACACGCGCUGCUGCGAGCUCUGCAAUUUCCACUUCAUCAUGGAGACCAAACUCAAGCCUCUGCGCAAGUGGGAGAAGCUGCACAUGUCCAAGAGCGAAAGGAGGAAGAUCUACUGCUCCGUGCUCUUCCACCUCAUCGCCAUCGUCUGCAUGCUCUGGUCCGUCUACAUCCUGGUCAAGCGAACCGCCGAGGAGAUUAAACUGGGAAAAAACGGCGUGCUGGAGUGGCCCUUCUGGACCAAACUGAUCGUGGUGGCCAUCGGCUUUACCGGCGGCCUCAUCUUCAUGUACAUCCAGUGCAAGGUCUACCUGCAGCUGUGGCGCCGCCUCAAGGCCUUCAACCGCAUCAUCACCGUGCAGAAUUGCCCCGACAAGAACCCGGCGGUCGCCCGGGAGAAACGGCGGGCGGAAGACGCUCAGGCGACGCUUUCCGAAAACCCCGUUUGA